AUGGCUACCACUACCAAGCGUGCCGAUUUCGAGGCUGUUUUCCCCAAGCUGGCCAAGGAUCUUCUGGAUCACUGCAAGCGAUACAACCUGCCCGAUAACGCUCUCGUGUGGUUCGAGAAGUCUCUCAAUGCCAAUGUCCCCGGUGGAAAGUUGAACCGUGGUCUCUCGGUCCCCGAUACCGGCCUCGCCCUCCUCCAGAAGCCCCUGAACGACGAGCAAUUCGAGCAGCUGAGCAUUCUGGGAUGGCUCACCGAGCUGCUCCAGGCCUUCUUCCUGGUCAGCGAUGAUAUGAUGGACAGCUCCAUCACUCGACGUGGUCAGCCCUGCUGGUAUCGCCAGGACGGUGUCGGCCUGAUCGCCAUCAACGACGCCUUCAUGCUGGAGUCCUCUAUUUACCUUAUCCUCAAGCAGCGCUUCCGCUCCCACCCCGCCUACAUUGACCUUGUCGAGCUCUUCCACGAGACCGCCUGGCAGACCGAGCUGGGUCAGCAGUGUGACCUGAUCACCGCCCCCGAGGAUAAGGUCGACUUGGACAACUUCUCCAUGGAGAAGUACAUGUUCAUUGUUACCUAUAAGACCGCAUACUACAGCUUCUACCUGCCCGUUGCUCUUGCCUUGCUCUACUUGGAAGUGGCUACUCCCGAGAACCUCAAGCAGGUCCAUGACGUCCUGAUCCCUCUCGGUCAGUACUUCCAGAUCCAAGAUGACUACUUGGACAACUUCGGUGACCCUGCCUUCAUUGGCAAGAUUGGUACCGAUAUCCAGGACAACAAGUGCUCCUGGUUGAUCAACCAGGCCAUCCAGCGCGCUACUCCUGAGCAGCGUGCUGUUCUCGAUGCCUCGUACGGCCGCAAGGAUGCCGCAGAGGAGGCCAAGGUCAAGGCCAUCUACAACGAGAUGGAGCUGGAGAAGGUUUACCACGAGUACGAGGAGAAGGUCGUGAAGGAGAUCCGCGAAAAGAUUGCUGCAAUCGACGAGUCCAAGGGUCUGAAGAAGGAAGUCCUUGAGUCGUUCCUGGCCAAGAUUUACAAGCGCACCAAAUAG